GAAAAAUAAAAGUCACACCGCUGGACGUUGUGAAGAUACGGCUGCAGGCCCAGCAAACACCAUUCUAUCAAGGGAAGUGCUUCCUGUAUUGUAAUGGCCUGAUGGAUCACAUCUAUGUGUGUCAGAAUGGGGCCAGCUGCGCCAGCUGGUACAAAACACCAACCCACUUCAGUGGCACCCUGGAUGCUUUUGUGAAGAUCACGCGCCACGAGGGGGUCAGGUCUCUGUGGAGCGGGCUGCCUCCCACACUGGUGAUGGCGGUGCCUGCCACGGUCAUCUACUUCACCUGCUAUGACCAGCUCAGAGACUUACUGUGCUACGGCAUGGGGUUCCAAGGCAACUACAUCCCCCUUGUGGCAGGGGGUCUCGCUAGACUGGGAGCAGUGAGUGUGAUCAGCCCGUUGGAGCUGGUGCGCACCAAGAUGCAGUCCCGGAAGCUGACCUACAGCGAGCUGAGGGUGUGUAUCCGCUCUAGUGUUGCCCAGGACGGCUGGCUGUCCCUGUGGAGGGGCUGGGGACCCACCGUCCUACGAGACGUCCCCUUCUCAGCCCUGUACUGGUUCAACUAUGAGCUGGUGAAGGCCCAGCUGUGUGAUCAGUAUGAUGUGUCUCAGGCCACCUUCUCCAUCAGCUUCACAGCAGGGGCCAUCUCUGGAGCUGUGGCUGCCAUCAUGACCCUGCCUUUUGACGUAGUGAAGACUCGGAGACAGAUCCAACUGGGAGAGAUGGAGACACUGGGAGUUCCUGUGAAGAACCCCACAUCCACAUUGCAUAUCAUGAGGGGAAUUUGGGCUGAAUCGGGCUACAGGGGGCUCUUUGCAGGUUUCCUACCCAGGGUGAUCAAAGUGGCCCCAGCCUGUGCUGUCAUGAUCAGCACCUAUGAGUUUGGGAAGACCUUCUUCCAGAAGAUGAACCUUGACCGGGAGCAACAGGCCUGCUGAGGGGCUGUGUGUGUGGAGAAGCAGGGUUGGCUGCCUUCCUCUGGAGCAGAAUGGGAAGAGACUAUUAGCAGCUGCCCAUGCACGCUGUGCAAGACUGCUCCUAGUCAAGACUUUGCACCUAGACACCUGAGCUUCAAAUCACCAUGGAGGAGUCUGUCUGU